AUGUGGAACGUUUUGACGGUUUCGACUCUUCUUCUCGCAACCGGCUCGGUCGCUGCGCCUUCCGAAAGGCUCGUAGCACGAGCCGAUACCCUUGUGGGCUGCUAUAGCAGCUCCCUAGGAAUGACCAACAAAACCUCUGCUGAAUUUCAGAGUUCGGGAUGGUGCUUAGAUAGAUGCAUGGAUUAUGGCGCAGCUACUUUUGCUUUAACCGGUGGCUCAUACUGUCUGUGUGGUGACGAAUUGCCUCCGUCGUCGGACAAGGUCGCUUCGAGCAACUGUGAUACACCAUGUCCGGGUUGGCCGCAGGAUGAUUGUGGUGCGGACGACUACUAUUCGGUGUACACGACAGGCUUAGCGAGCAACGUGGAGAGUUACUCAGCCUCAACGACUAGCAGCAGCAGCAGCAACAGCGACAGCGACAGCGACAGUAACAGCAACAGCAAUUCGACUGCCUCUGAGACCACCCGCGCAGGUGGGAGUGCAACGACCAACUCCGCCGGACAAACCGUUUACGUGACGGAUACCAGCAAUAACGAUGCCGCCGCUGCCGCCGCGUCAGCACAGGCUGCGAAGCAACAAGACGAGCAGAAGCAGAGCAAAACUCACAAUACCGCGGCCAUUGCUGCCGGCGUCGUGGUUGGUGUGGUUGGUGUAGCUGCUCUGGCUGGAGCUGCCUUCUUCUUUUUCCGAUCCCGGAAGCAAAAGGCUCAGGGAUACCGUGGUGGUCGUGAUUCGGGACCGCCGUCCAUGUCGGAUUCGCGGUUCGACGGCCAGUACAUGGCACAGCGCCGGCAAAGCAAUGGCAGUAUUGACGAUGAUCAAGAUUUCUCUCGUCGAAUCCUGCAAGUGACCAAUCCUGAUCGCUAA